UCAAAUGCAUCGAAGCGUCUACGAUAACAAAGAAGUAGGUGCUUCUGUGGUGCCGUUUAAUAAUAAAAUGAACGUAUCCCUGAAAUAUUGGAAAGAGGCGGCCACGCUGAUACUGGCUGCUCGAGCAAGUUGCGUAUCUGUUGCGCCGCGAUCAGCCAUUAACCCGAAUUUUGAUUAUGAGGUUCUGCUGCUUAAACGCAGUGCUACAAGCAGCUUCAUGCCUAAUGCCUAUGUCUUUCCGGGUGGGCUCAUUGACGAUGCGGAUUUCUCUUCCGACUGGGUCGACAUCUUCAAGCCAUUUUCUUCUCUUCCUGGAUUCGGACUUGGGGUAGUUCAGCAAGAUCCGAAGACACGCUCCCCCCUGUUUGCCACAGAUAGGAUCGAGCUAGGCUCCCUUGUGCCUGGGGAGGUGGCCUUUCGAAUCUGUGCAAUUCGUGAAACAUUCGAAGAGUCGGGUAUUCUGCUUGCAUUGCCACAAGGAAGGACAGGCCAGAAAACCGGGGAGUUGCCUGGUGCGGUACAGCAGGAUGAGCUGAUCAGUUGGCGGGCGCGUAUUCUACAAGAGCCUAAGCAGUUUACGGAAAUGUGCCGGGAGCUACAAUGCAUGCCGAACAUCUGGGCCCUGUACGAGUGGAGUAACUGGCUCACUCCGCCAGACUUAAGGAGGAAGGGGCGGUACGACACAGCCUUUUUCGUUUGCUGCAUACAAGACGUCCCAAGUACUGCUCAUGACAAGAAGGAAAUCAUGCACUACAAGUGGGAAGAUCCAAUGGCAAUCCUAAGCAGUUAUAAGAGCAAGGCAGUAUGGAUUGCACCACCUCAGUUUUAUGAGCUUAGCAGAUUGUGUAACUUUCUCCAGCUGGAAGAUUUACAUCAGUUUGCUGUAGGUCGUGGACUGCAAGGAUGUGAAAGAUGGAUGCCUCUUCAGUUAUCACUGGACAAUUCAUUAGUCUCUGUAUUACCAGGUGAUGCAGUAUAUCCUGAGAACCCAGACUGGACUGAUAAUGGUGUAACCUUUCCAUUUGUAGAGAAGUCAGACCUGCACGAAAAAGUUUGUGCUCUUCACCGUUUGGAGUUCGAGAGUCUUUAUAGCAUUACAGUGCACGUCAACAUCUUUCCAAAAUACAAACAUGUAAAUCCUAAAUGCAUACUAUUUGGCAAGUCAACAGGAUACAAUACAAGUAAUCAUUAAUUAUGAAAAUAAAAUCUGUCCUAUAUAUUAAAACUUCAACAAAUGAA